UGAAGAAUAUAUAAAGCCCAGAGGAUUCCCUCUAGUUUAAACAGAUUUUAAAUAGUUCUUCAGUGAUUAAUAUAACUCCAUAUCCAUUAAUCCAUUUCUAAGUCCAAAAGGAAAACCGGCCUACCCAUAUACAGGUUUCCCGUCAGAUUAGAAGUCAAAGUUGCAACCAUUUUUAAGCCAACCCAAAAAUGUCCUCCUCUUUAGCUGCUGAAGUUUACGACAAGUUCGAAAAUGAAUUCGUUGAUUGUCAAUCUCCAACUGAACCCAAGGCCUUGACUGAUGAAUCAUUAGUCCCUGUCCUGAAGGGUGAGUUUGAUAAAAAAUUCAACGAAAUCGACGAAAGGUUCAAUGAGGUAAACAAAAACCUUACGAACUUAAUUAACAAGCUUAAUCUCGGAGAAGUUCCAAACAAGGAACCAAAGGGUAAGGAAAAGGCUGAUGCUACAAAUGCUGGUAAUGGAUCAGAGUCCCAAUCAGAUUCGGAGUCAUCGCUGGAUUCUGACGAAGACCUGCUGGAAAAUAUUAACACUCCUAUAUCCGAGACCCUUGAAAGAGGUAAGGGAUAUAGUACUUCGAAUUCUAAAGAAGAAAUUAGAAGGUCGGUAUGGAGACUAAUUGAUAAAUAUGAAGACCAACUUCAAAAGUUGCCAGAAUUGGAUACAAGCCCUGAGACUAUAGCCAAGUAUAAGACCACACUCAAACGCGUCUACACUCGGAUUCCGCCAUUAAAGGAGAUCAUAUUGAAUGACUUUAACCUCAAAUCAACCUCAAAAGACACGGUUUUUCUUGACGGUCAUAGUACAGCCAAUAAGGUAUACUUCUAUAAAUUAGUGGCCGAAAAUAUAGCAAGUAUCCUAAGCGAAAACACAGCAACAGCUUUUGAAAACGAAGCUGGAAAUGUUACAUUGAAGAAAAUCAUCGGAUACAUCGAAACUCACGAUGGUAAUGAUUGUUCAGCACAGAUCAUUGAAUAUAUCAAGAAGUUUAAAAAGAUCGAAAGACUCACCAAUACUUCAGAUAUUGAGAAUCAUCUUGUACGUAUAACUUCCGUUACCGAUCGUCAGAUUACCCAGUUCUUAAAAACAUUAAACUCCCGCGAUGCUAUUGCCUACUUCAUAUAUGUCAACAACAGUAACGAAUCAAAUGUCAAAGCUUUAGGUAGACAACUAAAUGAACAAUACCAAGCUUUUAAAAAUGAUUCAUCAAAGGUUGCAGCUCCACUCAGACAUACAUUUCUUAAAAUGAGAUCCGAUUCAAAUUUUAUUGAUAUGCCUCUGAAUUCGUCGGAUAAACAACUUCAAAAUAAGAAAAGUCAUACACAUGGAUACAAAAAGAACCAAAAUUACACUGAAUCACAAAAGAACAGUUGUUCAAGAACGUGUGUUAAUUCCACAAAAUUAUUGCAUGAUAUAACCUAUGAGCCUAAAGGCCAAGGUACAUCAUUUCGUGUUGCUGACGGAAGAACCGUACGAGCUAUUGCAAAAGACCCAAAAGUAUCUAUCUCCAACGUUAUGGUCGUCCCUGAAAUCUCUUGUAAUCUCAUAUCAGUUGGCCAACUACUUGAACAAGGAUGGACAACCGUUCUCACAGACGACGGAGCCUAUAUUGCCAAUAGUGAACACAUGCUCAAAGUUGCUAAUAGAAAGAAUAAUCUUUUCAUUUCUAAACUUUCUGCCAAAAAUAAUAUCGAAUCACUUCAUUUUUUUGAAGAGGAAUAUUCCACAAUACAUAAUAUUCCUGCUGAAGUUGCCGAACUACACGGCCCCCAAGACUGGUUUUAUCACCAUCUACAAUGCAGUCAUAUGGCAAUUUCAAAUUUACAAUCCCUUGCAAAAAUGGGAUUUAUUAAGGUAGUUGAUACGGAAGAGAGUAUCCGUAGGGAGGCGAACGAAGUUAAAGCGACCUUGAAUGCCCAAGUCGCUGCUGCUCAAUUUAAACUUAAUCAAGAAGCCCAUGACUAUGAUACUUUUGAAUCCGUUCGACAGGAAAAUGUACCUUCCACAUCAGCGGGCAUCCACGAAAAAUCAGCCGUGAUGACCCGUGGUAUUUCAGAAGCAAGGAGGGAUCCGUCGCCCACGGAUAAUUGUUCAACUGAUCCUCAACCCUCUUUCCUGAUCUUAGCCAAGAAACAUCCCGAAGUGUACACGAACGUUACUAACAAAUUUCCUUGGAUGACAAAUCCUGAACAUCCAAAACCUAUUACUACUACAGAUAAGACUCAUAGAGAGAGCACGAGCACUGCAAUUAAUUCGUCCACAUUAGUGAGGGGGACAAACGUACGAACACCUACCCCAGUCAAUAAACAGGUAGCUCCUGUAUCCGGAGAGGAUAUCCAGAGAGAUACUCCACUGGGCUAUAAAUCCGACUCAGGCAUAACUUCUACUCAAAGAGAGCAGAAGGCUGAUGAAACCAAAUAUGAACUCAUUAAUGAAGAUGCACCCGUUGCAACAUUAAAAGAAUCUCAAAAUCCUGCCUCAAAGCAAAUUAUUGUUAAAGAUCAUAACAAUAAAAGCGAUAAUGCAAAUGAUAAGCACAUCCCAGCUGCAAUUGAAAUUACCGAACUCAAUUCAGAUACGAAAUCGUCUAAAGACACUGGUAACGUCAAGACGAAACAUGGCAUUGUUCAACCGAUUGACAAUCAAGGGGAGAGCACAACUAUCAAGAAUGAGCCAGAGAUGAUUCAAGCACCUUCAAACAGAGACGUCCGAGCUUUGAAACGUCAAAGAAUGCAAGAGGGACUCACACCAGAACCAUCAGUUAAAUUAAAGCGGUCACCCAAUUUUACUCCGGAAAGUAAGACACUUAAAACAAGGACAAAGACGCAUCCGGGCCAAAAGAGCAGCGUCUAUUCUGUAUCAGCUAAAACUAAAACUGAUACAGAAGGGGGCGACAAUAAAAGACAGAGGAAAACAUCACCAGACUUCCUGAGUAUAAGCACAAUCAACCUUAUGGCCAGUUUGAUUGAGUCUAGAUCAACUGACGUGCACAUUGCUUAUUCUCAUUGA